AGAAUAUCCUAAUAAAUAAUGUUAAACCGUCUUUUAAUCAUCACAUUUUAUUCUCUUCAUUUUGCCAGUGCAAAUUACUGCGAAAUUGACGGAGAAAAUUGUGAUAAAAAAUCUCAGGUUUACAAAAAUAUCAUGUUCACGGAUUUUCAAGAUUUUAAAAUCAGAGAGAGGCUAGAUGGAGAUCUUGCAAAACUACGAAACAAAAUGCCGGACGCAGAAGAAGCAAUCAUAAAGACUUUAAAUGAACACCCCAACAGCACAAGAGGUUUGUUGCACUACUUGGCCCUUGUACUCAAUAAACCCCAUUAUACAGAGGAAGAGGUUACAGUACCGCUGAAAAGACUGCUUUCUCGACCAAUAGAAGAAAUAAAACCUGAUGUGUAUAAACAAGUUUGGAGGUGGUUUUCAGCCCUGGUGGAUCAGAAAAAAGUUGAAAAUUCAUCUCAAAUUUUCGAAUUCUCCCAGGUUUUUGUGACUGUAGAUCCGGACAACCUUGAUCACAGAAAUCUGUGUGCAAGAUAUGGGGCUUUGACUGGAAAUUAUAGGGUCAGCUUGAAUUGUCUGAUAGACCCUGUCCUACCUCAUAUUCCCAUUUCAAGAACUAUUCCGGUAGAACACAUCAAUGCACCACCUAUAUAUUCGCUGUUAUUUGAGGGAUUAAAGACAAUACUUCUAGAUUCAUUGGACAUGAGCGGACAACAGAAGGUUAAAGAAGUGAAAAGAAAAACAUUCCAGAGAGAAAAGAUAUCGAAAAUGGAUGUGAGAGAGAUAGAAAUGUUUCUACGUGAGAUGGAUUCAUGCCAGGAAUUCAAACUGAAGAACGUUUUGUUAAAACUGUGGAAUGAUUGAUGAAUUGAUGGUGGAAGAGAUAAGAGAAAAAUUGUGAUAUUUUUCUCCACCAAAAUAGAAAAAUAAGGGAAUUGAGUAUUUUCCACAACCUGAAAUUAUCUAAUACCUAUAUCUUAACAACUUGAUGAAACCCUUGAUAUUUCAAACCUAGACAUUUUGAACUUACA